AUACUAACUCGCAACACUAAACAACAAACGCACACGUUUUAUCCCAAAAAACAAAAACAUACUCGAACAAUUACACUGUUACCUAAGUAUCCAUGGACGAUGACAACGAUGAUGACUACCUGCCGCCAGUGUCCACUAAUACCUUUGCCGUGCCUCAAGAGUCCGAGCUGCUAGUCGAGUAUGAGCUCUAUAGACCUUCGCCAGCUUGCAGGCGUUUGCGCAGUGAGCACAAGCGUGGAGUUUAUAGCGAGGCGUUCAUAGAGAAUGAACGCUUGGGUACUUUGGCGGAUCUAUGUGUGCGUGCGCUGGCCAAGCUGGGCACGCGGUAUAUAGCGCCGCAGGUGCGCGAUGAUCCAUCGAAGCUGCGUAUACACUACGAUGCGCUGGAUGUGAACUUGCCGCUCCAGGAUUGCUAUUUUGUGGAUGAUGUGCACUUCUGGAGACGCGUGGUGCUGGCCAAGAGCACGGAUCAUGCGCUGCAGCUGAAGAGGGUGGAUGAGUACGACUGGAAGGGCAUGGGCAUAAGCUUGAAGUAUGUGGAGCUGGUGGAGGCGUGCUCGGCCAGCUAUUGGCCAGAGGAGCGCAUGGCGCACUUGGGACAGCUGGUGCGGCAAUUUGUGCGCACUAUGCACAUAACGGGGGAAAACCAAUUUUUUUCUUUCUUGCAAAGGAUAAUGGAGGAGCAGGACCCUCUUUCUUCACUUUUAGUCUUAACACUUUUAUUGAUUAUGAAUUCUGCAAUACACAUGGAGCGCGAUUAUCACAAGCGCCACAUGAACUUCAGCUACGAUGAUAUGCAGCGCUUGGCCAGAGGCUUGCAGACGCUGAAGCAGCUCAAGGUGUUUCGCCUGCGCAACAGUCGCAUGGACAGCAUCAAGCUGUUGAUACUAGCGCGCGCCUUGAAGCAGCUGGAUGAGCUGGAGAUGCUGGACUUUGGCUACGAUCAGCUGCAGGACGACUGCGCUGUGGGGCUGGAAAUGCUGCUGGACCGCAAGCAAAUGAUUAAGGCGCUCGAGUUGGAGUACAAUAAGCUGGGGCAGGACAGCUUGGUGGCCAUAGGCACUGCCUUGAAGCAGCAUGAGAACGAUAAUCCCGACGGCAGCCCACUGGAGUAUCUGGGCUUGGCGCACAAUCCGCUCAACGACUUGGGCAUCCAGGUGCUGGUCCAUAACAUUGUGGGCACCAAGCAUGUGCAGGAGCUGAAUAUAUCCGGCACGGAAUGCAGCCCGGGCACGGUUGCCCAUGAGCUGAGCAAUCUGUUGCGUCGUCAUGCGCCGCUGCGUCGUUUGGAUAUGGUGGCCAUACCGCUUUGCCCUUCCACAGGCAGACAGCUCAUCUGCGGACUUGAAGUCAAUCACAAAAUUCUGCACUUUGACUGUCGCGGCUGCGACUUGGACCUGGAGCAGGAGUUCGAGGCGGAUAUUAUAGUGCGUCGCAACAAUUACGAACUGCAGCAUUCCUACUUGGGCGAUGAGACGCAAACGGAGCAGAGCAUCCUCGAGCACUUGGCCAGCAUUAAGCAUCCGAUUGUGGCCAAGCUUAUGGCUGAUAUGGAGCGACGCGCUGAGUGCAUCAAGGAACGCCCCACACACUCGACUACUGAGCUCAGCGUCGAGGAGGAGAAGGAAGUGGAGAAAGAGGAGGAGUUUGACAUUUGGAAAAUGCUCGGUGUGCGACCGCCCUCUAUCGUUGUCCAAGACCGAGUCUCAGUCUAUGCCAGCUUAAAUCGUAGCUCUAUUCAUCGCAGCGGAAUCUCGUUCAAAUACAAGCCCAACGAAUUCAACUUGGAUGAGUUUCGGGAGCAUGUGGAUAGGCUGGGUCCCAUGGAUCGUCACUACUAUUUGCAGCGACAGCGUGAAUACUAACAGAAAUAUAUUGUUAAAAUUUAUAAAGUUAGCUAUAGCUUAAACUAAUUUCGAACUUAAAAUAAACGCAACUAAAUAUAAACUAUAUUCAAAUU